AUGGUGACUCUGCACAACAUGACGGAUGCCAACAAAUGGGUUUCGUUUGGAGGGUCUUACUCUGGAGCUCUGUCUGGUUGGCUGCGCAUGUUCUACCCUGAGACCGUAGCUGGCGCAGUCGCCACCAGUGGGCCCGUCCAGGCCGAACUCAACUUCUACCAAUACCUUGAGGUGGCCGGAGCGUCACUGGCAACUACCAAGAACGGACAACAGUGUGUCGAUGCACUGCAGAAUGCCACGCUAAUCCUGGGGACUAUGUUGGCGGACAAGGCCCUGUGGCCGAUGGUGGAGAAGAUGUUUAACGUGUCUUCUUCUAUUCAGAAUCAGGACGACGUGGCUCUAGUUGCGGACACUCUGGUUGGAAAUUUUGCAGAGUGUGUUCAGUACAACAGGGACAAUAUCUUCCCGUUCACCAUCGACGACCUGUGUGAUGUAAUGGUGAACGCUAGUCUCGGGUCUCCACUGGAGCGCUAUGCGGCUGUGAAUGACGACUUCAACUUUGAUUUGCCCAUCGAUGCAAAUUUCUCCGCGCAGGUGGAGGAAAUGCGAGGGACAUCUUGGAACUCUUCGGCGGUGGAUGAAGGCAUGAGGCAGUGGAUCUACCAGACCUGCACAGAGUUUGGUUACUACCAGACCACAGACUCUGCCAAACAGCCAUUCGGCGACUUGAUAACACUUGCCUCCCAGCUCAAAACUUGCUCAGAAGUGUACGGUCUCUCUCCCGACAGUGUAAACAGUGCAGUUAUUGCCACCAACAAACACUACGGAGGGAGAGUCAACAUACCCAGAAACGCGACAAACAUAGUUUUCCCAAACGGUUCCAUUGAUCCAUGGCAUGCACUGGGUGUUCUGGAGUCGACCGGUUCCCUGGUGGCAGUUUUCAUUAACGGGACUGCACACUGUGCCAACAUGUACCCUCCGUCCCCCAAAGACCUCCCUGGCCUCGUGAAGGCCAGAGCCAUUAUUACUGCCACCAUACAAGAAUGGCUCUAA